AUGCAGGAGAACUUCGGGUGCUCCGUCGCCAAUCGCUUCUACCAGCUCCUGGACGACGAGUCGGACCCUUUCGACGUCCUGCGCGACGCCGAGCGCCGCCAGCAGCAGAAGAAGAAGCGUGACGAGGCGGCGGCCGCUGCCAGGAGAGCCGUGCCCGGCGGGCGGGCGGGCGGCGGCAAGAGGGACGCCCCUAAGGAACGCAAGCAGCCGGAGGUCUCCCCUGGACUCUCCCCUGCGGCCCCGCCGCAGCCAGGCCCAAAGCGAGCACCCAGGCAGGGAGAAAGACGAGGGUCUGGUAACAGAAGUACAGAGGGGAAGCAAGACAAAACUGAAUGGAGGCCGUCUUUCAGGGAAUACUGUCCCUAUGGAACACAAAGACAAGUGGAAUUCUCAGUGGAACGACUAGUGGAAAGAUUAGACUAUGAAAGACCAGUAAGAGGUCGUGGUGGAGGAAGAGGCAGAAUGAGAGGUAGAGGAAGAGGUGGUGGAUUAAAUGGAAGUUCUGAUAGAUUUGACCAAAGAAGAAAACGGGAACCUGUAAGACAAAGUGGGCAUGAUAAAACUGGGACAGAACAGACUGCAUCCAUGGAGGAGACAGUGGAAACUCCUGAACAGCCAGGGACAUCUGAAGGAGAGCCUCUGAGCAAAGCUGCUGAAGGAGAGCCAAUGGAAGAAGUGGUUCAAGAGAUGACAUUAGAUGAGUGGAAGAAUCUUCAGCAACGGAAUCGACCAAAACCUGAAUUCAACAUCCGGAAGCCAGAAUCCACUGUUCCUUCCAAAGCAGUGGUUAUUCACAAGUCAAAAUAUAGUGACGAUUUGCGAAAAGAAGACUUUGAAGAUGAUUCUCAUGUCUUUCGAAAACCAGUAAAUGAUAUAACUUCUCAGUUGGAUAUUAAUUUUGGGAAUCUUCCUCGCCCUGGCCGUGGAUCAAGAGGAGCACGAGGUGGUCGUGGUCGUGGCAGAAGACCUGAAGAGACAGGACCUCGACCAGAAGCAGUGGUACAGCUUGUGGCUCCAAAUCCUGAUGAUCCUGAGGAUUUUCCAGCUUUAGCUUGAAGACCCAUUGUGAAUGGUGGUAUCUCAAAGUUGCUUUGUAACUAUGAAGAGACCAGUUCUAUGCUGGUGUGGAUUAAGGAAGCCUGUUUCCUUCUGGAAAGUUUUUUGGUGUUUGGUGUGGAAUGAUUGCAGCUGUCUGCUGAUAGAGUUGGGUUCUGGAAACAUGGGUGGACUGGGUCCUGUCACAGGUUCCAAUGUCUGCCUCUAUUUGUGAAACUUAUGGGAAGGCUUAUAGUACUUCCCUACUAGGCUUCAAGUGACGUUAAAGGGAAGAGUGUUUAAAAAUGUAUAUAUAGAGAUUAUAUCAAGUUCUCCAUGACACCAUGGUGAAAUGUAAACUGUACAACAUGAUCUACAACUGGGACUCAAUUUCACUGUACAUUUGAAAGCUGUUUCCUUUAGGUGAAGUGUAUAUUUCAGAUAGUUGCAAGUUGCAGUUCUUCAGAGUCUGGCAAAUAAAGAGAAGUGCACAUUGCUUUGGGUUUGAGGUAUUAUUUUAAGAAGUUGGAGUGGUAGGUGGAAGCUUUUGCUAUUUGGAUGUAGUCUGGGGGAAAAAUAGUGUGGGGGAGGGAACCCCAAACCCUAAACAGCAAUCUGUACACACCAAAAAAAGUGAACAUCUCUCUAAAUGGAAGUGAUCUUCAAAAUCAAAGCAGCACAGAUGCUUUGAAUUAACACCUAGCAUAAAUCCUACUUCAGUAACAAGAUAUAGUCUGCAAUUACUUCGAAGAUUAAAAUAAGAAUUUUGAUCUAAAGACAGAACUGUAUUAUUAAGAAAGCUUUUAAUUUUAGCAGGGGCAACUAAAAUGUUUCAUGCCUUAUCAAGAAAUUUGUGAUGAUGGGGAUGAGGUGCAAUGUUCUUUCAUUGCAGCUUUAACAUACUUGAGCCAGAUUUUCUGUUUACUGUCCAAAGGGACACUGAGAGUCAUUCUGGGGGAUCUGAGAGAAACAAGAAAAUGGUGCCAGAGGUGAUGACAGAAAGAAAUGAGAGGACAAGCACACUGGACCUUUUGGAAGUCUGUCAGCCUCAAAGGAGUCUUCAAAUGCCUGCUCAACUUGAACACAUUCUUUCAAUUUACUGGGAAAGCAGAUGACUAUAAACCUUUCACUUUCCCAGUUCUGUGCCUCACUUCUAAGCAGUCUCUGAGAUCAAAUAGUGGAUGAUACUUAGAAGAAAAGAAAGUUUUGCUUUGGAGUAAACUUUAAGAGUACUCACAUUCUUAAAAGACUUUCUUACUAAUAAGGCUUUACUCAAAUAGGAUGUAGUCAUCCUAGAAAAACUCUUUUCUAAUAGCUCCGAACAGAUGGUCAGCAGAGUAGCUCAGCCUAGAGGAUUUUUUUUUUUACAUUGUUAAACUACUUACAUGACAAUUUUCUAUAACAUGAGAUUUUGUAUUCUGCAAGUUUAUUGUAGUGGCACACAGAGAUGCUCUGACUUGCAGUAGAAUAGGAAGAACAUCCGAAAGCAAAGUGCUGGUGUUAGAGGAACCCAUGUUGCUAUUUUGAGUAAAUGAACUGGAUGAAAUAAUGCACGACUACUUCACUUUGUAGUCACAAAUAAGUUAUUUGAAAUCAUUGCAGUUUAAGAUUUACCUGAUGUUGCCCAUUUUACAGGUGUUGUUUUUCUUCCAAAAAUGGCAAUUUAAUCAAUGUGGAAUAGAAGUGAUUUUGUCUGUGGGGUCUUGGUAUCUUUCACUUGUUCUUCCCUUCUUGUUCCCAUUUUCCCACUGGACAGGGAAGAAUGUGUCUGAAUAUUUAUUUCUAUUUUUACUUGCUGGGGUGAGUGUAUGCAUAGAGAUGUGGAGAGCUUCUUUGCAGGGCUUCCUUCUAUUUCCCAUCAUGUUUUGAAUGUAGCCUUCUAUUCUACUACCACCUCUUCUUGCUAAGGAAGGUGUUCAUAUACUUAAAUGUAACCCUCCCUUUUUUCUACUAAAAAUUUAAAUCUUUGCUGUGCUGUGCUACUGGGCUCAAUCUGCUGUGAUGCAUUCAGUUUAGUUCUGACUGUUCUCUGGGAAGGCUGAGAGAAUUGCUUUAUUUCUCAAUCUCCUUUCUGCUGUUGCAAAGUUACUGUUAAUUCCUCUAAAUCUGAUCUGCCUUUCAAAACAGAACGACAAAUAGGUCCUUUGGGGAAUGCUUUAAAGGACUUGUGAAAAUCUAUCUGUAUAAUCCACUUUUGAUCAGCAGAUUAUUAAACUCUUGGUUAAAAGGAAAAAAAGGCUGGUUACAAGACUGUUCAAUUAAAACUAGAACAAACUAACCAACCAAAACUAAAAAAUACAACCCAUCCAAUCCAAAACUUUGUAAGAAUGAGAUUUUGUGUAACUGAUUACUGCUUAAACCACAAGUUUCUUGGAGCACCUAUGUGUGACAAUUUUAUUUUUCAGUCUGUCAGACUUGAAUAUGGCUUAAGAGUUUCUCUAGUUGAUGGUAUAUCCAAGUGUAUAAAAGAAAUUAUUAAUUUUAAGUGAUGACAGUGAUGCAAUUUCUUUGCCUAGCUGUGUUAACAGAGCUGUAAAUCUCUGUCAUCUGUCAUAUUUCAGGUACCAAAAUAUCUGUAUCUGUUAAGUACAGAUUUGCUGCUGUCACUCCUGGUGUAGCUUUUACUCCUUCAUGUAAAGCAGUUGGCAGCAGGUGUAAAUAUACACACACAUGCUAGUAGAACAUUGCAUGCAUAUUAAAAAGAGAUUAAAUU